AUGAAGCCGGCCUUCGGUUUCUCCAUCGAGGCAAUCCUACGAGACACGCACCCCUCAGCCACAGACCAGUUAUCUCUCAAAGAGGUUGGCGUCAGCGGCGAGCACGAGGCCGACCACGAGCCCAUGCCUCGCUACCCGUCCCGGGGCGUGGCCGAGCAGUUGCUGCUGCUGCCCCCGACGCCCUGCUACGGGAUCCACCACCCAUCGCCGCUCGCUGCCGGCCCGCAGGCACACGGAGUGCCCUUCGCAGCGGCGGCAGCGGCGGCGGCGGCAGCGUGCUGCGGGGGAUGCCUGUCGCUGCAGCUGCUUUCGUGGGGCGUCUGCCAGCCUCUGACCGCGGCGGCGUUACCGUCGACCGCUGCCGCCGCCAGCCUGCAAGCGCAGCCGGCUCAGCCCGAGCAACGCUUCGGCGAGAGUGCAGACGACGUUACAAGCAGCGCGUCGCGUCGUCUCGCGCAGGCCAAGACGGCGGCCGAGCGCUGCUUCUCGUGCGGCCAGUGCGGCAAGCGCUUCAAGCGCUCCUCGACGCUGUCCACGCACCUGCUCAUCCACUCGGACACGAGGCCCUACCCGUGCCACUUCUGCGGCAAGCGCUUCCACCAGAAGUCCGACAUGAAGAAGCACACCUACAUACACACCGGCGAGAAGCCGCACAAGUGCGUGGUGUGCGGCAAGGCGUUCAGCCAGUCGUCCAACCUGAUCACGCACACGCGCAAGCACAGCGGAUUCAAGCCGUUCGCGUGCCGCAUCUGCGGCCGCGCCUUCCAGCGGAAAGUGGACCUGCGCCGGCACACGGACUCGCAGCACUGCGCACCGGCUGCCACGCACCAGUCGCCGCCAGCCGUUGCGCCUCCGGUCCAUCGCAGCACCGUCCCGGUCACCGCAUCGUCGGCGGUCGCCAGCACCUGCAUUCUGUAGUCGAGCGCCACGCUAUCGCCUGUGCACCUUUGCCAAAGUCAGCGUAGCAAGACAGGCGGCGCUAUUUUGGGCAAUGCCCGAUUCCACCGUGUUGUCGCAUUCCGCCGUGCCGGCGUUUUGAGCCAAUCAGAGGAGCCGUAGCCGCCCUGUUGUCCAAUCAAAAGCGACAAUAUGGCGAACUUUGACGAUGUACAGAAUAUAUCAGCUGGAGGGUCACGGAAGGAUGGAGGUUUGAAGCUAAUGGUCGAACCGAGGGAUAGCUUUCAGCCUGGAAGCCAACGUUUCGACAAGGGGACUUGCUGCCAUCGGCCUGACGGAGACAAAUCUAUACGCUGGCUCCAGGCUGAGAGAUAUCCAUGGUGGAAGGAAAAAAAAAUGGGGAGAGACCCUGACGUCACUUGUUGCGAAGCCUCCGUGACUCCGGAAGUUGGCUUUACUCGGCCAUCUUGCCGGGACAAAUUCUACUCCCUUGUUUACAUUCAUCCCCUCCUGCGUGCAACCACGUGCAAACCCUCCGGGCUGCGCGGACGCGCGCGCGCCGUAGCGAUACGAUCAGCGAACCCUAUCGCUAUGUACCAUCGCUAUACCGUUGCCAAAGUCAUGUAGUCUGAGUAUUGUGCUCUAGCGUCGAAAUAACUUCGUAGUGAACUUCGCAAAUCAGGCCACGAGACCGGCCCCCCGCUACUUUUGCCGGCCUUUGUGAAAAUAAAUCUGCGCAUUCUCACAUCGCAUGCACAGGCGAUGACCGGCAGCACACUUUACGUACGUCCCGACAUUUGGACCUAUGGUUAGCCCAGCUGCAGUUUGCGAGA